AAAACUCGUGUUUUAUUCAUUGCUGGUGAUAUGCUUAGCUUGUACGGUGGAGCUGCUCGGCGGCGCGGCUUCCGACCAGCAUUAGUGAGGGCCUUUUCUUCUUCUGUUGAGCCUGAUGAUACGGAUGUAGUGUUGACGCGUGAGUUCAUAUAUGCGUCGCUGUACGCGAAGGAGGCAGGAUACUUCUCGACCCCGCAACGGGAAGUGCUCCAUGCUCCGACCCAAAGCAUCGACUUCGGCAAUCUUUGGGGCGCCGGCGAGUAUCGCAACGUAGUAGCGCAGUUAUACAAGGAGAGUCCCGAGGCCUGGCUCACGCCCGUGGAGGUGUUCGCACCGUACUACUCGCAGGCGCUGGCACGUUACAUGCUCAACUCGCCAUUCUUCCGCCAGGAGCUCGAGGUCUACGAGAUCGGCGGUGGCUCUGGGUCCAACGCGCUGCACAUUCUCAAUUACCUCAAGGAGCAGGCACCAGACGUGUAUGAUAAGACCAAGUACACGCUCAUCGAGAUCAGCCCCGUGAUGGCCGAGAGGCAGCGCCAGCGUGUGGCCGCCGUGCACCCGAAGCAGUGCACGGUCAUCAACCAGGACAUUUUGACAUUCGCAGACACACACGCACCCGUCAGCUCGCGGUGCUUCUUCCUGGCGCUCGAAGUGUUGGACAACCUGCCGCAUGACAAGGUCACGCUACAGAACGGCAAGUGGUACGAGACCAUCGUUAAGAUGCACAGCGGGGCGGACGAGUCGGCGGCCGGCCCAGUGCUGGAGGAAGCCAUGCGUCCAGUCAAGGACAUGCUGAUCCGCCAGACACUCCGCUACUUCGGGUGCGAACUGCCGCUGCACGUGUCGUACAAGAACAACUCUGGUCUGGCGCAGCGUGUGCGGCGUAUGCUGGGCAAAGACGACCCAGUGCUGAACUCGGCUUUCGUCCCGACGGGCGCCAUGCAGCUGCUGAACACGCUCCGGACGACGUUCCCCAAACACCAUCUCAUUGCUGCUGACUUCGACUCGCUUCCGGCCCCGAAUCUGGAUGAAAACUCACCGAUUAAAGCUAUUGAACACCCGCUCAGCGCCACGGCAACAUCAGCCGGAACGCUCUUCGCCGGCAAUGCACCGCUCGUCGCGUCCAAGCUCACAGUCUUGUCUCUUUGUGUCUGCAGGUGUGACGAAGGACCACGACACGUACCUGGUGCAAGGCGGGAUCGCCGACAUCUUCUUUGCCACAGACUUCGACAGACUCAAGAGAGCGUAUUGCUCUGCGCUCCAGCGCCAGCCUGAUGAGGUACGUUGGGCUGUGCGUAGAUAACCCAGACUCAAAUGCUGACUGAGUUUGGUGAUCGUUAUUUGCAGGUUUCAGUCGUGAAGUCAUCCGACUUUUUGAAGGAGUUUGCUGACGUGCAGAAGACCAAGACAAUCACUAGAUACAACCCGCUGCUAGAGGACUACUCCAACACGAGCUUCAUUUUGUCUUAGCACGCGAAACUGUUGUCCACUGUGGUGAAGUCGUAUAGAAGACUGUCUGAUAAGUAGAGAUUUUUGCAACCUUACACUCGAAUAAUAGGAAAAUCAACGCCGUCGUCGCAGGAGCUUGGAAUGGAGA